CAUAGGAUAAUUUGAACAUGUAUCAAUGGUUGUUUAUAGGUACUCCAUUGAACUACCAGUUCUCUGUAUGUGUGGUGAGAGGCAAAAUUUUCUUCUAGAAGCAAACGAUGACAAGUAGAAAGAAUCUUCAUUUUUUUUUAUUCAGUGUCGACAAAGAUUAGAUUUUGAUUACUGGGUGUUGAUAAAGUCUGUAUCUUUGAGUCUCAUCUGCUUCUAGGUAUUCGUAAAAGAGACAAAAGAUUGAGUUUUCUUGAGGAUGAUUCAACGGUUGUUUGUAACUACUCUUCAGUUAGCAGAGCUAUCAGUGAGCUCCGUUGCUCAUACGAUGUAUGGGAGCUUUACAUAUUCAGUUCCGCCGUCGCCGGAGAAAAAACAUGUCAAUGAUCUGCCUCGUAUUGUUUUAGUCCAUGGCAUUUUCGGAUUUGGAAAAGAAAGAUUAGGUGGGUUAUCAUACUUUGCUGGAGCUGAGAAGAAGGAUGAGAGAGUGUUGGUUCCUGAUUUGGGUUCUUUGACGAGUGUACACGAUAAGUGAAACAAGAAAAAGCUUCAGUCUUUUUUUGUUAUGGUAGUAUAGUAUCAGAGGGUGAAUUGCUGAUAUAAAGGAUUGUUUUUUUAACUAUUAUAGGGCUAGAGAGUUGUUUUAUUACUGGAAAGGUGGAAGAGCUGAUUACGGGGAAGAUCAUAGUAAAGCUUGUGGGCAUUCUCAGUUUGGUCAUUGUUAUGAGAAAGAUUUAGUCUUUUGUUUUUGUGUUUUUUAGUAGUUUUAGAUUCACAUUUUAUGCUGAUGAGUCUUUGCUGUUUUUUUUUUUUUGCUUCAGGGGAGCAUCACGAAUGGGAUGAAGAUCAUCCUAUCACUUUUUGGUCACUCUGCUGGUGCUCAAUAUGUUCGUGUCUUGCAGCAAAUGCUCGCUGACAAGAUUUUGAAAAUGGCUGAAGAAGGUCUAUUAGCUUCUCCGGAUAAAUCAUCAGCUACUUCACUUCUGUCUGAAAUAUCAAAUGUCUCCACGAGAUCUUUUGUUCUUGCAUUCACUGCUUGUUCUUCCGGUGCGUUUUCCUUUGGAUGCAUUGUUGGAUAUACGGCUCCCACACAGGCCAGUAUCAUGAAAGACUUGAAUCUAUCCAUAGCUGAUUAUUCACUUUUUGGAUCGAUAUUGACCGUGGGACUAAUUCUUGGAGCAUUAAUCUGUGGGAAAUUAACAGAUUUGGUUGGUCGUGUCAACACAAUGUGGAUUACUUACAUCCUCGUCAUAACUGGCUGGUUCGCCGUUGCAUUUGCCAAGGUACCGGUUUACAUCACCGAAAUAGCACUAUCAAAUUUGCGAGGAGCGGCUUGUUCCUUGGCUGGGCUAUCCGUUGGCGUUGGUACAUCCGUCUUAUAUGCACUUGGAACGGUCGUUGCUUGGCGCGAUUUAGCCAUUUUGGGAGCUAUACCUUGUCUUAUGAUCGUGCCUCUUCUUUUCUUCAUCCCUGAAUCUCCUAGAUGGCUGGCUAAAGUAGGAAGGGAAAAAGAGGUCGAGGCUGUUUUGUUAAGCCUAAGAGGAGCAAAAUCGGAUAUAUCUGAUGAAGCAAGAGAGAUAAUGGAAUGUACAGAAUAUGUUAAACAACAACAAGAUGUCAAUGGCCAUGAUUUUUUCAAGCUGUUUCAGCGAAAAUACGCUUUGUCACUUACUAUUGGUGUAGUUCUUAUAGCUUUGCCGCAACUUGGAGGUCUUAAUGGUUAUACGUUUUACACUGACUCCAUUUUCACCUCUACUGGUGUAGCAAGUGACGUUGGGUUCAUAUCGACAUCCAUCAUUCAGAUGGUUGGAGGCAUUUUAGGUACUGUGCUUGUGGAUAUAUCUGGAAGACGUUCACUCCUACUGGUUUCUCAAGCUGGAAUGUUCUUGGGUUGUCUUGCAACGGCCAUUUCAUUCAUCUUGCAGGCAUGCUUAAAGAACAAUUGCUGGGAAACAGGAACACCUAUCUUGGCCCUCAUUAGUGUUAUGGUGUAUUUUGCUUCAUUCGGAGUAGGCAUGGGACCUUUACCAUGGAUCGUAGCAUCAGAGAUAUAUCCAGUAGACGUGAAGGGAGCGGCAGGAACGGUGUGUAACUUGGUCACCUCUAUAAGCUCAUGGGUCGUUACGUACUUCUUCAGUUUCUUGCUUCAGUGGACUUCCACAGGUAGAACAUUUAUCAUCUUUGCCACAGUGAUGUUCCUUGGAAUUGUGUUUACAGCCAAGCUUGUUCCAGAGACCAAAGGGAAAUCCUUGGAAGAAAUUCAUUCUCUGUUCUAUGAUUCUCCUUCAGAAGAUUCUACCAUCUUCUAA